AUGAAGAUCCACCUCAAGCCGGCGCUCGGCUCGCUGGCCGCCGGCCUGCUCCUUCUACAGCCCGCCGCCGCAUCCCUCGCAAAGGGCGAUGGCCUCCUCAACAUCUUCCAGAUGCUCGGCGACCUCACCCGACCCGACGGCCUUCGACACCUCGGCCACGACGCCGCCGUCCCCAGCGCAGCCUCGAGCAACCAGCACGCCUCGGGCAUCCAGUGGUCCGUCGAGCCGGCACACAAGACCGUCCUCGAGAACGGCAACGUAAACUCUCCCGCCUUCCGCCUCGUCACAAAGGGACAGACACCGGCAAACAAGAAGCGGCCCGCCGACGGCAGCCCCACCCGCCCAAACACCAACCCGGGCAUCACAAACGCCGACGAGGCCCUCAACUCGAGCAAGUUCAAGCCCAUCAAGCCCCCGAGCUACCCGCUCGCCGUCCGCAGCCCCUACCUCAACGCCUGGCUGCCCGCCGGCUCCUCGCUCUCGUCGACUCCCCCCAACAGCGUCGGCGACGGAGGCUACCUCGCCGGCGAGUACCCCGCCUUCUGGACCUCGUCGUACGGCGCCGACGGCGAGUUCCGCCUAGGCUGGACCGGCUACAUCCGCGUCGACGGCACCACCUAUCAGUGGAUGGGCAACGGCUUCGGCACCUUGGUCCGCGCCGGCAAGGCCGCCACCCAGCUCAGCGUCGAGUACACGGCCACCCGCACCAUCUUCCGCUUCGAUGCCGACGGCGUCAAGUUCACCGUCACCUUCCUCACCCCCAUCACGCCCGACGACUACCUCCGCCAGAGCCUGCCCCUCAGCUACCUCUACUUUGAGCUCGACCAGCCGCCGCCCGCCAACCGCAGCGUCCAGAUGUACACCGACAUCGACGAGCGCUGGGUGACGGGCCACGACUACGACUACCAGGGCACGCCCUACGACGUCAGGUUCAGCGACAAGGGCAACUCGUCGAUGUACUUUGUCACGCGCAAGUCGCCCCAGGUCUACACCGAGUUCCGCCAGCGCGCAGAGUGGGGCAACGCCACCUACGCCGCCCGCGCCCACAAGGGCCUGUCGAGCCGCAACAACAACAACAUCGUCACCCAGAGCGAGUUCAUCAAGCGCGGCAACGUCACCUUUGACCACGGCCCCACGCUCGGCCCGGACAACUCGUACGCCUUUGCCGUCGACUUUGACGUCAAAGGCGCCGCGCCCAACGCCCUCUUUGUUGUCGGCCACAUGCGGUCGCCCUACGUCAACUACAUCCGCGCAAAGAAGCCCGGCUCGGGCAGCACCGCCUUUUUCCAGGAGGACCGCUACGGCUACUGGCAGACCAAGUUUGACACGCUGGAAAAGGCCGUGUCGUUCUUUGUCGACGACUUUGACUCGGCGCUGGCGGGCGCCAAGCAGUUUGACCAGCAGAUUGUCGACGACAGCAAGGCCGUCGCCGGCGGCGGCGAAGUGGGCGACCGCUACGCGGCCAUCACGACGCUGUCGGUGCGCCAGGCGUUUGCCACCUUCGAGAUCACCGUGGCCUGGGACAACAAGACGCAGUCGUACAACACCAGCGACACGCUCCUCUUCCUCAAGGAGAUCUCGUCCAACGGCGACAUGUCGACCGUCGACGUCAUCUUCCCGCUCUUCCCGCUGCUCAGCUACACCAACCCGCGCCUGCUGCGCGACCUGCUCCAGCCCAUCUUUGAAUACACCGAGAGCGGCCUGUACCCCAACAAGUGGUGCGUCCACGACCUCGGCGUCUACCCCAACGCGUUUGGCCACAACGACGGCAACGACGAGCCGAUGCAGGUCGAGGAGAGCGGCAACAUGAUCUGGAUGGCGCUCCACUACGCCCAGCUGGUGGGCAAAAAGGCGGCCGAGCCCUGGCUGCGCUCGCACUACGCCAUCAUGAAGCAGUGGGCCGAGUUCCUGAUCGAGGACUCGCUCAUCCCGGCCACGCAGCUGUCGACCGACGACUUUGCCGGCACGCUGGCCAACCAGACCAACCUGGCCAUCAAGGGCAUCGAGGGCAUCGCCGCCAUGGGCGCCAUUGCCGACAUGCUCGGCGAGUCGGCCGACGCCAAGAGCUACCGCAACGUCUCGACGACCUACGUCAAGCUGUGGCAGGGCUUCGCGCUCAGCAAGGACAAGUCGCACACGAAGCUGGCCUACCAGGACGACGCGUCGUGGGGCACGCUCUACAACCUGUUUGGCGACCGCCUGCUCAACCUGCAGCUGGUUCCGCGCAAGAUCUACGACAUCCAGGACGCGUGGUACGCCCAAAAGGCGCUCAAGUACGCCGUGCCUCUCGACUCGCGCCACAAGUGGGCCAAGACGGACUGGGAAAUGUUUGCGGCGGCCACGACCGACGACCCCAAGGCGCGCGACCUCUUCAUCGACCUGCUCUACGCCUUUGUCAGCAACGGCCUCACCGACGCGCCCUUCACCGACCUGAUGCAGGCCGACACGGGCGAUUUCCCCAAGGACUCGACGGGCGAGCCCACGAUCCACUUCCUGGCGCGCCCCGUCGUGGGCGGCCACUUUGCCCUGCUGGCCAAGGCCAAGGCCGACAAAGCCAAUGGCGUCUCGCAGUACGCCUACGCGCCUGCCGAUUCCCAGGGCGACGAAGACGGCGUCGACGAGGCCAUGCUGCAGCGCGCGUUUGGAAUGAUGAAAGAUCCCAAGGCUUACCAUCACCAGUCUGCCGCCCAGCCGCCGUCGUCAAAGUCGUCGCCGUCGUCAAAGUCGGAGGCAUCUACUGAUGGUACCGCUCCCACUGCUGGUGCGUCCAAGACGCCUGCCGACAGAGCCAAGAAGGCUGACCAGGUGAUUGAGGGUGAAGACAAGAAGGGCGACGCCGCCGCUGCUGCUCCCCUGCUCAAGCGUCCCUCGCACGUCGGAACCGGAGGCUCGCAGAAGGCGUUCCAGGUCGAUGCGCCCGCCGCCGGCGCCGGUGUGGGCGACAAGAAGCGCAGGAGGAGGAGGACGCUCCUCGUUGAUCACUAG